CAUACUUUCAAGAAGAAACACACACACACUGAAGCAGAGCAAAAUGGGUGAGGAAAUUAACAACAAGCAAGUGAUACUCAACAACUAUGUCAAAACAUCUGUGAAAGAAUCCGAUAUGUCGCUAAGAACUUCCAAAAUUCAGCUCAAAAUUCCCAGCGGCUGCGACGGCGCCGUUUUAGUGAAGAAUCUCUACUUAUCCUGUGAUCCCUACAUGCUUAGCCGCAUGAAGAAGCUCGAGGGCCACUACACUGCUUCUUUCACACCAGAUUCUCCUAUUUCUGGAUAUGGAGUGUCAAAAAUACUGGAUUCGUCUCAUCCGAAUUUCAAGACGGGCGAGCUAGUUUGGGGGUCCACUGGCUGGGAGGAGUAUAGCCUUAUUAAAGAUCCAAGCCUAUUGUUUAAGGUUCAUGAUAAAGAUUUACCCCUCUCUUACUAUACAGGGAUUCUUGGUAUGACUGGCAUGACAGCUUAUGUUGGCCUUUUCGAGUUGUGCUCUCCCAAAAAGGGGGAAACUGUUUAUGUCUCUGCUGCAUCCGGAGCUGUUGGUCAGAUCGUUGGUCAGUUUGCAAAGACUGCAGGGUGUUACGUUGUUGGGAGUGCAGGGAGCAAAGAAAAGGUCGAUCUCUUGAAGAAGAAAUUCGGGUUUGAUGAAGCAUUUAACUACAAAGAAGAGCAAGAUUAUAAUGCAGCUUUGAAGAGGUACUUCCCCGAUGGCAUCGACAUCUACUUUGAGAACGUGGGAGGGAAGAUGCUCGAAGCGGUGCUAAACAACAUGAGACUCCACGGUCGCAUUGCUGUUUGUGGGAUGAUCUCCCAAUACAGCCUUGAGCAGCCCGAAUGCGUCCACAACUUGUCUAACCUAAUAACAAAACGGAUCCGUAUGGAAGGAUUUAUCAUUGGCGACCACUACCAUCUCUACCCGAAGUUCCUGGAAAUGGUUGUGCCUCUAAUCAAGGAAGGGAAGAUCACAUGCGUUGAAGACAUAGCCGAAGGCAUUGAAAGUGCGCCCGGGGCUCUCGUUGGCCUAUUCUCUGGUCGCAACGUCGGGAAGCAGGUGGUGGUUGUUGCUCGUGAGUAAGUCUAUGCUUGUCUGCGUUAUUUCUCAGAGUGAAUCAUCGAAAAUGAUAUUAACUACGUUUCAUUUCAUUGUGAGAGAAUUGUAAUAAUGAAUUUGAUGUAUUGUCUCUUUUCAUUGUGAGAGAAUUAUGAUUAUGAAUUUGAGGUAUUGUCUCUUUUCA